AUGACAUCCAACAUCCCUGAAAUACUACUCCUCUGCAUGGAAGUGGAGUACAUAACAGCAAUAAACAACGCUCUCGACAAAAUAUGGCCAACAAAUGGCACGAAAAUCAAAAUAACGACGAUAAACGAACGUCUAAAUAGUCUUCCGCCAAAUACAAAGUAUGACCUGGUAGUCUCACCCGCCAACAGCUACGGCCGUCUAGAUGGCGCAUUUGAUGGUGCAAUCUCCAGAUUCUUUUGUCCAAAGUAUGAUUAUCACGCUCUCACGCGUGUAGUGCAACUGGAGCUAUACGAGAAAUGGCGCGGGUUCGCCCCGCCAGGAACAUGUACACUGGUUCAGUUCCCCGAAAACCUGAAAGCCAACGCGGUUGACUGUCGCUGGGUAGCUAUUUGUCCGACCAUGCAUGAUCCGGGUGAUGUACGCUGGGACCGUGAAAUCGUGUAUGAGUGUGUGUGGAGCCUGAUGUGUGCCGUUGAGGGACAUAAUCGUCAUUCGGGCCAGAAUCGGAUUCAAAAAGUUCUUAUGCCGCCGAUGGCUGUUGGUAUUGGGAAGGUUAGCAAGGAGCGGUGGGCUGAGCAGACUGUGUUGGCCCUGAAGCAUUUUAUCGACUCGGUUGAGAAUCCAGCCAAAUGGAAGAGUCUGGAAUGGGCGCAGGCUGAACAUUAUGCUAAUGAUGUUGCUGAUACUUGGCACUGCUAG